AUGCAGGAUCUUGAGGCUUCGAGCCCCGGUGUGCUCGCAGGCCUGCCAUCUACCUUGAGAACGGUGAUAGGCAACCCGACGACGUCACCGAUUGGCUUCGUCCCCUCAACAUCACUACCGACACCCCUACAGAGCGAAUCACUUUCGGAGCAACAGAUUCAAGCAAAUCUACGGAAUGUGCUGUCCUCUCUGUCCAUGGAGUUCCGACCCGAGCCCGUACUUGCCAGUGGCAACUCGACGGGGUCGACCGGCAAGGGUAUCCUGAUAGGGAUCUUAUCCGCAUUUGGGUCGGCUGCCGUCGCAUUUAUCGUUCUAGCGGUCUUCUUUUUCUUCAAAUAUACCCGUCGGGGCCGGAUUAUGCUCGAUCGCAUUGGCCGACCCGGUGAAUACGAUGAUGAGCAAGCGUUUGCGCGCGAGGAAGAGGCGGCGCUAGAGUCAAUGGAUGACCUGGCGCGAUCGGAAUAUUUGCGGGCAAAAGCUUUUGUACAAGGAAACCCCCCCGAGUCUGUGCAAACCGACAUCUCGUUAUCACAGUUCCUUGCGAUUCAGGAGAAAGGCGUAUCCGCCUGGGAAUUCCAGCCUGAGCUGGAAAUUGCAAACUGUUUCGUGGAGGGACGCACAGAGAUUGAGUUCUUUGACUCGGAGUGCAGCGUACAGACCAAUUUGCCCAUCCCCAAGCAAAAUGACGUUUACUACUGGGAAGCGAAGAUAUACGAUAAGCCCGAGUCGACAAUGAUCGGUAUCGGUGUGACCACGAAACCAUAUCCUCUGUUCCGCAUGCCUGGCUUCCACAAAUCCUCUGUUGCCUACCAAUCCACGGGGCAUCGCCGACUCAAUCAACCUUUUAAUCCCACCCCAUAUGGCCCUCCACUGCUCCAGGGUGAUGUUAUUGGUGUAGGGUACCGUCCUCGAUCUGGCACCGUUUUCUUCACACGCAACGGCAAGAAACUCGAAGACGUGGCUCACAACUAUCGCUCUCAAAACCUCUUCCCCACCAUUGGCGCCAAUGGGCCUUGCACCAUCCACGUAAACUUCGGCCAAAUGGGAUUCGUUUUCAUCGAAGGCAAUGUCAAAAAAUGGGGGUUGGCCCCCAUGACCGGAAGCCUCGCUCCGCCUCCACCCUAUGGUAGCGAGCAAGGCAGCAUUUUACUCGAGUCAGGGCGCGAAAGUGCGGCUCAAAUUUCCCAGCGUGUUUACCAAAAUGCAAACUACGCGGCCUCGGGGUCAAGUGUUAGGAUUCCUCCGGCGCCUAGCCCAGGCCCUGCUCGAUCACCAACUGACAUUUCCCUCGCUCAGCUGACCCAUAUCCCGUCUCAUGAAGAUGUGGGCGAGGGAUCAAGCCGUUAUGCUGCGAUAGACGCAGAUGCCAAUGGUGCGGGUGCUCCUGAUCAUUUAGAGCCGGAAGUUCCGCCACCUGAAUACUCUAGCCCCGAUGGCAGUCGUAGGGGCAGUGAUGCGUCUCUCGAAUUCCCACCUCGGGCUAUGAAUUCUGAGGAGCCCACCUCUCCAUCAAAUGGUUCCGCGGAAUCCGGUCAAAAUCUACCAAGUUACCAAACCGCAAUGGAGGGAGGCCUGAAUGAGCACAGCUCAAGAGACCAAUGA